CGAACACCCUCAAGAUCAAAAAUGGCCGACUCGAAAGCCCCGACAAACCCGAUGCGCGAGCUCCGCAUCGACAAGCUCGUCAUCAACAUCUCCGUCGGCGAGUCUGGUGAUCGCUUGACGCGGGCGUCGAAGGUCCUCGAGCAGCUCACCGGCCAGACGCCUGUCACCUCGAAGGCGCGCUACACCAUCCGUACCUUCGGUAUCCGGCGUAACGAGAAGAUCGCCGUGCACGUCACUAUCCGUGGGCCGAAGGCUGAGGAGAUCCUCGAGCGCGGCUUGAAGGUGAAGGAGUACGAGCUCCGGAGGAAGAACUUCUCCGAGACGGGCAACUUUGGGUUCGGCAUCCAGGAGCACAUCGACCUUGGUGCGCGGUACGACCCCGGCAUCGGUAUCUUCGGCAUGGACUUCUACGUCGUGAUGGGCCGUCCGGGCGCGCGCGUCGCGCGGCGGAAGCAGAAGAAGGCGCGCAUUGGCUUCCAGCACCGCGUCAAGAAGGAGGACACGAUGGCUUGGUUCAAGCAGAGAUUCGAUGGUAUCAUCCUGAAAUAAUCGUAUCGCCCUCCGUUCGCCGCUGUUCUAUGCUUUCCCCUACGCUAUAUGACCCACAUGUACCCCUAUGCAUAGCGCAAUGCACCAUUGCCCACGGGCGACCACACUGGCGCUCACACCCCAAGCGCCGGGCUCACCAUGUACAAUCAGUCGAGCAAACACGAUCCACUGUCCUCCGUUUCAUUGAGGCUAAUCAUCGUUUCUGUUGAGUCCUCAUUGCACUGUUUUUCCAUCACUAGUAGAUUGGCGUGCAAUUCACAUCUGCAUCUACGCCUUC